AAAAAAUACAAAAAAAAAAAAGAAAAAUUUUGAGAUCUGAUAGAUCAUUUACUGUUAUCUACCAUGCCUAAUGCUAGAAAGAAGAAGCAAGCUAAAAAUGAAGACUUUCAAAAAAAGAAAUUAAAAGUCGGCAAGAAGAAGGCUGUACCAGAUAACUUUACAGAUACCUCAUUUAGAUCUAAAAGCAUUGUUCUACCUAAUCAAAGCAUCAAUGAAGAUAAAUCUCAUGAAAUAACAACAAGUAGAAAUCUUACCUUGUCAGAUCUACUUGUAAGAUUAAGGCAUCCUAAUGCAAAUGUCAAAAAAGAGGCUCUUUUGGGACUGAGUGAUAUCUGUUCAAAGAAUCCAGGAUUACUGAUAUCCUCACUGGGACAAGUUGUUAAUGGGCUAUUAAAGCUAUUUAUCGACGAAGAUAGAGACGUCAGAAAGGCAACCCUCAGCUACCUUCAGGAGACGUUUGUGGAAAUAGACAAAGUUGAACUUCAGCCAUUUAUGCCCAUCUUGAUCAUGUACACAUGUUCAGCCAUGACUCAUAUCUUUGAAGAUGUUCGUUUGGAUGCUGUUAAGUUUAUGAACUUGUGGAUACAGAUUGCUCCUGAUGUGGUUGUUUCCAAAUUCUGGAAUAGGAUCAGAGGAAAUUAUAUGAGUCUACUCUCUGUGGAUGCAAACAAAUCGUCACAAACCAGCGCUCCAUCUAUGAUGAUUGGAAGCAACACGUCUACGGCUUCUAUCAAGGCAGCUGUUACAAAAUCACAUCUACAUAUACACAAGAACAAACUGGGAUUCUUUUCUAGUCUUUCCAAGUUCCUUGAAGCAGGACUUUCUGAGGACAACCAAGACAAGUUUUGGUUCUUUUUGAACUAUUUGGACAGUAAACAUUCAAAGGAAUCAUUUAAGCGAAAGAUGGAAAAAUAUAACAACUCAGUCAAAGGAGAAGCUGUCAUCUGGAACACAAAGACAAAGAAUGAGUAUAUGCCUGCUCAUCCUAUGAUUGUUGCAACGGCACCAAAUUUAUCAGAAGAAUAUAAACUCGCGACAUUUUCACAUCUUCAUCUAUUUGAGUCUUCAGGACCCAAGAACAAUAACAACAAAACCAUUAAUGUGCUAGGCAGUAAAGGGCAAUCGGAUAAUAUUGAUGUGAACAAUACUGAAUUCAGUAGAGAUGAUAGACUUGAUAGUAUUGAGGGCAUGAUUGAGGCCUUCCAACCUGUUCUGGUAGCCUCAUGGUUAGAAGCAGCCCCCUCUGUGUUUGUAUCAAGCGGCACCAUUUCGAUGACAUCUGCUCUCGAGUUGAUAUACGAAGUCAUGAAAAUCUCGGUUGUGCUCUGGAGAGCCGUCGUUAGCUCACAAAAGAUAAGCACUAUGUCAGGCGAGUGGUUGAACAAACACCUUCAGACGACACUCAAGCGCUUCCACGUCUACUUUCCUUUUGGUGCUGAUUCAUUAGGCAACAGAGGGUCGAAGGCAGAUGAAAUCUUGCUACAUAUGAAUAUUUUGUUCUGUGAAUUGACUUCUUUAUACCUUUUGGCAAAAACUAUGCAAAGAAACAAGAUGCAACUCGGAUCAAAACGUCAAAAGACACAAGAUGACCAAGUUCCCGAAUGGACUGAAACUGUUGUGGGUUUUGUCUUUGACUCACUUGGUUAUCAAGCAAAUGAUACGAUGACAUCAGGUAGUUCUAGUUUUAGAGCAGAUAAUCUAGUUUCUUUGCUUCCUGCUAUCUGGGGUUUCUUGAACUGUUUAAGUAAUGAAGAAAGCAUGUCACUUUUUGAUGCUGUCAUGACAUUCCAAAAGAAGUGUCAGGCUCCUACUACCAAAAAAAUUGCAUCUGAUUUUAUCAUUCACAUGCAUACUGCACAAAGUACUCCUCAUUACAAUGGAAGAUUUAUCAUCCCUCGUGGCUCUUCUUUAGCAGACGCAGUAGAGGAAAGAAUCCAAUCUAUUACUAUUAAAUAAAAUGUACAUAAUACACGAACCCAUUUUCAGGCAC